UGACUCAACUUGACUCUGAGCAAGCCUUUUUCAAACUCCAACAUACAGGUCGAACGGGCUUCAGUUGUCUGGCGGUGAAGUCCUCUUCCUGUUAUCCUCUAUCUGUUUCGCAUGUUCCAAACGGCUCCGAAUCGUCUCAAACGCCUCAAGAAGCAUCGGAAUUCCUUGAAAAGAUAAACCGCCUUUUCGAUUCUUACAAGUCUGAGAUGCGAUAUCAAAAUACCCAGACAUACAACCCUCCGAGAAUGAGAAGAUUAAGAGAGAACGAAUCGGCAAGGAAGCUGAAGGGGAGUGAAAAUGAUGACGGGCGAAGUUAUGACGGCAGAAUCAGCCAGGUUCAGGGGAAGGACUUGAGAUCGACGCACUCCAGAAAAUCGUCCUUCACAACGAUCAGAGUAUCCUCCGAUCCUGAUGUUACACACGUGCAGAGUCUUCCGAGCUUUCAGAACGACUCAGACUCUUCUAACGCCCAAUGCACCUCCUCGGAUGAGUGCAGCAGUGUGAGCGAUUGGUAUCCGACUACCGACGCUAACGACUGGCUCCAUUCAUCACCUUCGACAUCUCCCACGCCAUCAAUUUCUCAUGAGAAUGCCAUGCCAAUCAGGAAACGACGGCCUAGAUUUUCAGAGACUUGUCGAACAUGGAUGCAAGGUCGCUGUGAGCGGGGGUAUAACUGUCGGUAUAUCCACGGGGACCUCGAGUAUGAGCACCCACCAGAUAUCUCGAAUUCUCAGCGACAGAACAAGCCACUCUUUUCCCAGUGGACUUUUACCAUGUACGAUCACAUCAAAGUCCGUGUCGGACCUGGGUUGGCAGUCGAAUCUGUCACGACUGGCUUUGAAACUCCCUGGAUCCAUAUCACUGGUCUCCCAUCCACUAUCACGACAGAUGAGCUCUCCCAGCUCCUACAGAAGUAUGGAGCAGUACAUGACGUCAAGAUUCAUUCCCGACGUCUCCCGAUAAUAGCUGCAAAGGCUCGAUUUUCAAACUAUCCUGAGGCUCAGGCAGCAAACACGGCGCUUGACGGAACCUCCCAAUGGGGUAGCACCAUAUCAGCAAAAUUGUCCCUUAGUACCACCGAUGGGCGAGCGGCAGUAAUAGACGAGACAACCGUCAAAAUUCGAUGGGAAGCACCAUCAAAACAGGCGUAUGCGGGGUACCCCACGCUUGAGCGGGCAGAACAAGCAAUCAGCGUCGCCCGCCUUCGUUACUCGGAAAAUUUUAUCUCUGCUCAAAUUCACGUUGGCAUUCCGGCUGUGGGCAGGCAUACUGUUCACUUUCGGAAUCUACCAAUUAAGACCGAGAAGAAGCACAUGUUCCAGUAUGCUCAGCCAGAAGAUGUGAUGUGGGAGAAGGUCAAUUACAACCACGUCACCUAUGCAACUAACGGACUCAAGAGAAUUCUUGAAUACAAGAAUAUCGAAUAUCUCAAUUUCGAAGUUCUUCCCCCUCCUUAUCGCGACGGUUACGUUCGCGCCUGGGUCCAUUUCACAUCCUCCGCUGCUGCCAAGGCAGCCGUUGCAGCGCUGCACCAUUAUAAUCCGCGCUGUACUGGGAAAACGCGGGUUUUUGCUGACCAUGUCCUCUCUCUCUCGUAUCGGAUUCCCCUACUCAGAUACUCACGCGCUGUGCACGAAGUCGAUGACCUCCGUACCACUCUUUGGCAACGAGGAAAACGCAGCUCCACCAUUUCUUUCACCCAACACGAGAACUCCGUGACUGUGAAGCUCUCAGCAACAGAUGUCAAGGAAUUGGGAGAACUCAAGGUGGAGCUGGAAAGGGUCUUGGAAGGGGAGACCGUUUGUUUAGACGGAAAUCCGAUCUGGGACGGAUAUUUCAAUCGAGCUGAGGGCCGCACCUAUCUGCGUCAGUUGGAAGUUGAGUAUGCGCCUGUCACGAUCUUGGAGAGACCCCAAUCUCGACGAUUGGUUAUUUUCGGUCACCCCUCCAAGCGUGCACUUGUCGCUCGGGAAGUCUUGAAUAAAUACAAGGAAAUCAGCGGGGGUGAAUUCCGCUAUCUCCCUAUUCCUGGUCAUCUUAUGGGCCCUUUCCUGGGAAGACAGUUUGGUCCCCUAACGCUCCUCUUGGGCCCAGAGAAUGUAACGCUCGACAUGUGGAAUCAAAAGUUACGCAUUCGGGGCAAACUCUCGGACUUUCGCGCUGCUCGACAAGCCCUGGAGAAGAUCCGGACACCAUCUCGAGCGAAAGCGACCUCUUGUCCUAUCUGCUUUGGCGAAGUUGAACUACCAAUUAUCCUGUCGUGCCGACACUCAUACUGUCGCACUUGCCUCUCCAGCUAUCUUCUGGCUGCGAAGGACAAUCACCAUUUCCCUUUAUCCUGUCUCGGUCACAAUGCCAAAUGUCCCACCCUCAUUCCACUUUCUGUUGUCCAAGAGUUACUUCCUGUCACUACAUUCCAUGCACUCGCUGAGGCUGCAUUCACAUCUCAUAUCGACACUCAUCCGGCUGAGUUCCAUUAUUGCCCAUCACCCGAUUGCACGCAAGUUUACCGGCCUGCACCCCCCGGGACGGUGCUCCAGUGUCCUUCGUGUCUGGUUAAAAUCUGUCCACGUUGUCAUGUCGAGUAUCAUGAAGGCUUUGAUUGUCCAGAGAAGGAAGGAGGUGAUCGUUUAUUUGACGAGUGGGCUAGAGAUCAUGGCAUCAAACAUUGUCCUGGUUGUAAGAUACCGAUUGAACGUACGGAAGGGUGCAAUCAUGUCACUUGCACGCGGUGUCGGUCCCAUAUUUGUUGGGUGUGUAUGGAGACGUUUCCUCGUGGUGAAGGGAUUUACUCUCAUAUGCGAGCAGAGCAUGGCGGUAUCGGGAUCUAAUGUAACCUAUACUAUGCUUAUGCAGGUGUUUCCGGACGGUUUAUGAAUGUAUGUCUUGUUGAUUAUUUGUAUAUUGUACGGCACAAGUUAAUGUUAAGUAUGUACUUACUACUUACACCACAUAGAUACACUAUGCAUUAUCAUUCUAAGCAGGGCUUGCCUUGCAACAUUUUACUAUGGUUUACGCAAUACGCAGCAGACAAAAAAAUGGACCAGGAUGUGCGAGCUUCAGUUUCAAGUUUUCA